AUGGGUGAUUUGGAAGCCGCGUCCGUGCUGCAGGAGGUACCGCGGCUCAGAGUUCAGCCGCCCUUCGGCUACGCGGACACUGCGCUAGGUGUGUACCCCGGGCCGAGCGCUUGCGACCCGGUGGGUCGGCUCGCGGUGGGUGAUGAGGUGCUUGCGGGCCUUGGCCCACGCCAGGGGCGGUGGCUGAAGAUCACCUACCCCAUGGAAGGUUGGGUGCAGGCUGCCACCCGAGACGGGCAAGCCAUUCUCCAUGAACUGGUGGGGAAGAGGCCGAAUCUUCGGCAGGUUGUGACUGUGCGCUCGAAACCGUCCAAGUCGGUCACGAUGUCGCCGGUGCAGCGGACCAAUGCGUCACUGCCGCGAGAUGUGGAGGAAAAGUACUUUAAGGCGCGCGCCUGCGAAGCCUCCAAGCUGCUGCGGGAGUUUGCGCAGCUGGAGGUUCAAGGGUGGAAGGGCGGCAAGCCUCGGCAAAGCGUGCGGGGCGUCUUUUAG